UUCGCAGUGGCCUUGCACAAACAGCAGCUGCCGAGAAAAGCAGCAUCGUUUCAGACUAUUCAUGAUGAGUUAUGCAGAAAAGCCUGAAGAUAUUACGAAAGAUGAGUGGAUGGACAAGCUCAAUAACGUUCACAUACAAAGAGCUGACAUGAACCGGCUCAUUAUGAAUUACCUGGUGACAGAAGGGUUUAAGGAAGCGGCAGAGAAGUUCCGCAUGGAAUCCGGAAUCGAGCCCAGUGUGGACCUGGACUCGCUGGACGAGAGGAUAAAAAUCCGAGAGAUGCUUCUGAAAGGGCAGAUCCAGGAGGCCAUCGCGCUCAUCAACAGUCUCCACCCAGAACUGCUGGACACCAACCGCUACCUGUACUUUCACCUGCAGCAGCAGCACCUGAUCGAGCUGAUCCGUCUGCGCGAGACGGAGGCUGCGCUGGAGUUUGCGCAGACGCAGCUGGCGGAGCAGGGCGAGGAGAGCCGCGAGUGUCUGGCAGAGAUGGAGCGCACGCUGGCCCUGCUGGCCUUCGACAACCCCGAGGACUCGCCCUUUGGGGACCUGCUCAACAUGAUGCAGAGGCAGAAGGUGUGGAGUGAGGUGAACCAGGCAGUUCUGGAUUACGAGAACAGGGAGUCCACACCCAAACUGGCAAAGCUGCUGAAGCUCUUACUGUGGGCCCAGAACGAACUUGACCAAAAGAAGGUCAAGUACCCGAAAAUGACUGACCUCAGUAAGGGGACAAUCGAGGACUCCAAGUAGAAAGCUGGUACUAGUGCACUGUGGGGACAAUAA